AUGCUACGCGUCUUGCUAAACGCGGGAGCCGACGUUAACUCUAGGUCCUCCGCGGGCUCGACCCCCCUGUACUGGGCUUGCCGGCUCAAUACCGCUGACAUCGUCGAGUGCUUGCUGUUAGCGGGAGCCGACCCCGACUAUUUGGAUAACCAGGGCGCGGACGCUGGCUCCGUGACUGGCCUUGGCGACCCUCCCCGCCAUACGGGACGUCAGAGCCCGCCCAUUCUCCCUGGAGCUGUGAAUGAAACCGGCCGGCUAAAGAACGAAGCGUUGGCGACCCGCAUCCGCCUGGCUCUGUCGAAAGCGAGGAAGGAUCGCACUUGGCGUCGUCGGGGCUGGUUGGUCGUGCUGGCCACGCGACAAGCGAUGGCGAUGAACAUGGUUCCCAACACUACCAGAGCUUCCAAGACUCACGCCCGUGGUAUUAGAAGAGUGUCUAGGAUGACCAUGCCAAGGGUUCCGGCGAUGAUAGUGGACGAAAAGAUGGUCGUUGAGGAUCUCACCGGUGCCGGCCAGAAACGGAUUCGGGUGGUGGGCAAUGAAACCUCCAGCGCCGACGGCGGAGGAGCCGAAACCAGCCGUAAAACAAAAUCCGGCCUGCACUGUAGGCAAACCCACAUCGUCCGUGGAAAGGGGUGUCUUCCUUCCACCAGAUUUACAAUGGCACUGGCACCAAUUUCACUUCAAUGCUUUCGGUGCCAUCUUUGGCUCAGCUCGGUUCGACUGGUGGCGAUCGCACCGGCUACGUCGGCAGUGGCACAGGCUGGACCCCUGAACGGGGGGCCAUAG